AUGCAUCUUAUGUACAUCGCCGACCCUGCGGACGCGUCCAAGCGCAUCUACACGCUCCAGAAGGUCAUCGACGGAAAGGUCUCCAAGAGCGCACACCCGGCUCGCUUCUCGCCCGACGACAAGUACAGCAGGCACCGCGUGACCAUCAAGAAGCGCUAUGGGCUGCUUUUGACACAGCAGAAGAACAAGGUCGCCGAGCGCUCCUAG